AUGGAAGAGAAGGCUCGCCGGGAUGCAGAGGCUUCUGCUGCUGAGAUGGAGCGUCUCCGACAGUCUCGUCGAGAAUGGGUUGAGGCGGCUGUUACUCAAGUCUUCGACUCGAUGAAUGAUUGGUAUGCUCCUCGCCUUCAUCGCUUAUCAGGGUUCGUCGCGCAGCGGGACGUAGUCGAAGCGCCCGUAGGGAGGAGACAAGUCGACGAAGCUCUCCUUGACUUCGUGAAGAAGAUCUGGGGAGUAGACCUGAACUUCGACGCAAUGGAGGAGAAGCUUGCGGCCAAGCUGGCGAAGAGUAUCGCGGAUGGGCAAGGAAAGUUUAAUUGGGAUCCUACUAUCAAUGGUCAAGUUCAAAGUGAGUUUAAUAAGCUUGCUGCUUAUCGUUUGAGAGGUAUGAUAAGUCAUGCAAAGAGGACUGGAGUCAAACCAGACUGGAUUUUGAAAGACUAUUGGACCAUCAUGGUAGCUUAUUGGGCAACACCAAAAGCAAAAGCCAAUAGCGAGAAGGCUCGUAAUUCUCGAUUGUCUGAUCGCAGUGGCUUGGGUCCACAUUCCCACAUAUCUGGUUCACGUUCCUAUGCCAAAGUUCAAGAUGUUCUGGAAGCAAACAAUGAAGAUUACUCUUUCAUUGCUGUGAUGAAGAAAGCUAAUCAGAAGCCUGAUGGAACAUACGCUGAUCAACGAGCACAACUGGUUGCAGAGACUUAUGAGGAGCUUCUACAAGAACACUUGAGACAACUACAAGCUUCUGGUCAAGAGAAUGUGACAGCUGAAAAUCUUGACAUACGUGUGAAAAAUGAGAUUUAUAUCAAGGCUGCUGCUGGUGCUCCUGGGUCUUCUAAACAAAGCCCUGUCUUUGGCCUUGGAGCAAUAGGUGAGGGUUUACCAUCAGUCGAUGCUUCUCCAAGUGAACCCCAACCUUCUGAAGUAGAGAUGAUAACAAAUCGGAUGCAAGUAAUGGAAACUGAACUGCAACAGAGCCGUGAAGAAAAUCAGGAGAUUCAGAAAAGACUUGAAGCUAUGGAGAAAAUGGUUGAGUCCUUUGCAAGUCAGUAG